CACUCGAGCCCUCCGCGAGCUCCCAGGCUGGGCCAGAGGGCGGCCCGCGCCGCGCGAUCCGGGGUGGGGCCCCUGGCAGGGCCGGCCCCCACCCCAGAGGUCCCAGCCCCCGGGAGGGCUCCUCCCCGCAGGUGGAGACCGAGCAGACUAGUAGCCACCCGGGCCGCCCAGCCUCGCCGAACUCCGAGGCUUCCGCGGCGCGGAGUAUGGGGCACUGAUGGCCAUGGACGGCUACAAGGGCUUCCUGGGGCUCCUGGUGUCGGCGCUGCUCGUCGGCUUUCUGUCGGUGAUCUUCACGCUCGUCUGGGUCCUGCACUACCGGGAGGGGCUCGGCUGGGACGGGACCGCGCUCCAGUUUAACUGGCAUCCGGUGCUCACGGUGACCGGCUUCGUCUUCAUCCAAGGGCUAGCCAUCAUCGUGUACAGACUCCCAUGGACCUGGAAAUGCAGCAAGCUUCUGAUGAAGUCCAUCCACGCGGGGCUAAACACCGUGGCUGCCAUCCUCGCCAUCAUCGCCCUGGUGGCUGUUUUUGAGAACCGCAGAGCCCUGAACCUCCCCAACAUGUACAGUCUGCACAGCUGGAUCGGCGUGACAGCGGUCGCCCUCUAUGUCUUACAGCUUGUCCUAGGUUUCUGCAUCUUCCUGCUCCCUUGGGCGCCACUUUCUCUCCGAGCAAUUGUCAUGCCCAUACAUGUUUAUUCUGGACUUUUCCUCUUCGGAACGGUGAUUAUGACGAUCCUUAUGGGAAUUACAGAGAAGCUGUUCUCUGGCCAGACAACUCCUGCAUACAAUACAUUCUCACCAGAAGGUAUUUUCACCAAUACCCUUGGUCUUCUGAUUGUGUUGUUUGGGGCCCUCAUCUUUUGGAUUGUCACCAGACCACAGUGGAAGCGUCCUAAAGAACCGGAUGCCUCCAUUCUCCAGUCCAACGGAGGCACCGCAGAGGGAAUGGAAGGCGUAACAAUGAGCUUGGGUGGCAACGCGGACAAAUCUGAUGCAGAGAUAAACAGUGACGUAGCGACCAGGAAGAGAAACUUUGGCCUUGAUGACACUGGCCAGAGGUCUACCAUGUAAAAUGUCACAGAGCCAUACACCGUCACAUAUUAAAAUGUAGCCAUAUAAGUUCAACUUUAGAAACUAGCUGUACAGUUUAGCUUCUCCUACUCAUAAGAUGAUUGAGCUACGUAGUGUCAAUAUUUGUUAUAAUCACCAAAAAGCAUUUCUGGAAAGCCUUUGUAUUGAUUGAAGUCUUUGAACUUACAUGAGUUGGAAAGGACAUGAUCAAUAUAAAUAAUAAUUGAUAUAAAUUGUGUUUA